UUUUUUAAACGGUGACUUUUAUUUUGACAUUAACAGUGAUGAAAUGCUGCUGAACUCACAGUUUUCACAGGGUUGGUGCUGCUGGAGUCUCUAGGCUGCUAUGAGCGAUCGGUUUGUUAAACCAGGUAAUCAGGAGCAUGGAUGGAACGACCCACCGCAGUUUUCCUAUGGCUUGCAGAAGGAUACAGGUGGACCCAAGCGGAAUAUUCUCAACAAGAGGGUUCAUGCACCCCAACUUACAGGUUCAGGAUCAGAGAUGCAAUCCACACCAGUGGCGAGUGUGACACCUCCCCGGGGAAUAAUUCCUCCUCCGAUGGACAGCGUCACUCCACCUUCCAUGUGUCCAAGAAUUUCCUCAGAUGGAACGGCAGAGGCGGUAGAGCUGGAGACAGAGCCAUGCAUUGAAGAUGUGCAAGAACCUCUGUAUUGGGCAUUGAAUGCAUGUAGACAUGCUGUGAAGAAACAGAUUUGUGAUGAUGUAGAAAGGCGUCUGAAGCUUUUUGAGGACAUGUGGAAAAGUGGGAAACUCUCUCCUUUGGUUAAACAUAGGAUGCAUGGAUUGUCCCAAGACUUGAAAAGAAAAAACUGGGAUGCAGCUGAUGAGAUCCACAGAGGCCUCAUGGUCGACCAUGUUUCUGAAGUCAGUCAGUGGAUGGUGGGAGUCAAGCGUCUCAUCGCUGAAGCUCGGUCCCUGAACCCAGAACAGAUCAACAACUGCACUGAUCCAGGGUCUUGAGGACCGUAUGAUAUCCAGUACUUCUCGGAAAACUCAUGAAUUCAUUGGACAAGUUGCCGAAGUGAUUUGUCUUAACUUAUGUAAAGUUUUGUAUUAUCCAUCUUUAAAAAACCGCCCAUUACCAUCUAGUUCAUCAAAUAUUACAUUUAUUUUUGUAGGGUGGUGCUGGGGAACAGUUCUUUCCUUUCCUUUCCUUUCCUUUCCUUUCCUUUCCUUUCCUUUCCUUUCCUUUCUUUUCUUUUCUUUUCUUUUCUUUUCUUUCUUUCUUCAUCAUAAAUUUGCUUUGUAUUUUGAGAAAAAUUGAAAAUGUUGGUAAAUGAAAAGUAUUUUACUACUAUCUAUAAAAAUCUGCUUUUAAAAGAGCAACUAUUUCAGCCUGAAAAAAGCCCAUAGUUUCACAGGCUCAACUGAGAUGGUAUUGAAUUAUGUACAAAUAUAAAUAUAUACUGUAAACUGUAUUGUAUGCUUUACUGUAUAUAGGUAAACUGAUUUGUACAUACUGUAAUAGGUAAACAAAUCAGUAGCUGUCCACAGAUUUGAUCAGUACAGUUAAGAUGUGCAAUAAAAUAGAUGUUGAAACCUAGCCUCAAAUUUUUGGCAAACUGCCUGUUGUAACCAUUAUAACAUUAUGCAUAGUUCACAACAUCAGAAGUAAAAGCCUGUCUUUGUUGCAUUCCAGUUGUUGUACAUGCACAAUAUCACCUAAAACACUUAAAAUGUAUCUCUUGGCAUUAUACAUUAAAACAAAGAAUGCCUUAUUACCAAAAAA